AUGUGAAUUGUUUCUGUAGUUUUGUUUUUCAAUUUUCACAUAAAAAGGGAAGUAAUUUAUUUUAUGUAAAUAAGAAAAGUGUAAUUAGUUUCCAAUAAGAUAUACUAAAACGCAAUUUAAAAAUGGAAAGCAGUAUAAUGGUAGAAACUUUACCUUUACUAGGCAAUUGUUGUUUAUGCCUUAGAUUGGAUGUUGUUAAAAGCAUGUUGAGUACGGAACUUGGUGGUAAACAGACGGAAACAUACUCAGAUAUAUUGUUAAAGUGUUUUUCUAUUAAUGUUACAGAUCUAGACGUGGAAGAUACUAAAUGCCUUAUUUGCGAAGGCUGCAUCGACCAGUUAACGUUAUGUUUGAAGUUCAGGAAGCAAGUUGAGGACUCGUUGAAAUCUCUGGAAGCUGCUGCGAGGUUGAAGAGAGCUGACGAAAAUGCGAUGUCAGUUAAAGAGGAGAUAUCGAAAGAGGCUGAUAUGGGCAAUGCCAGUGCGAGCGACGAUGAUGAAAUGCUCCUCAGUCAUUUUAAACAAGAGUCGAAUAGCGAUUACAUCGAUGAUGAAAUCAACGAAGACAUAUUAAACGGCAUGACGCUAAAAGCGGAGCCGGACGAGUACCGGCCGCGCAAAGCGCGCCGAAAGCUGCCGACCGCCAAGAAGAAGAUGACCUACUCCAUCGUGUGCAAGAAGGUGGCCGACUUGGAAGACGCGGAGGCGCUCGUGGCCGCCGGCCUGUUCCCCUUCAAGCUCAACAGAGACGACAGCUUCUCGUGCACCAUAUGCCCGGAGAAGAGCGCCAACCUGGACGACCUGAAGGCCCACGUCUGCCAGCACAGCGCGUCGAACAUCGCCGCCGCGAUCAAGAAGAUGGAGCACUCCAGCUCGCAGCGGUUCCAGAAGAACGGCCGGCUGCUGCGCUGCAAGAGCUGCAGCGCGGACGUGCACAGCUACGAGGACAUGAAGCGCCACAUGGAGACCUGCCGCAACGGCUGCCGGCUGAACAAGCUGCCCUUCAAGCUGGAGAAGGACCAGCUCGACUGUCCCGUCUGCAAGAAGCGGUUCCUCAACUUCGUGACCCUGAACACGCACAUGAACGAGCACUACCCGAACCACACGUGCGACAGCUGCGGCAAGGCGUUCGCGUCGCGCUCCCGGCUCCGGGGACACCUGCGCACGCACGAGGUCGGCUCGUUCCCGUGCCGCUUCUGCGACGUCGUGUUCGACAAGGUGACCAAGCGGGAGAACCACGUGUCCAAGGAGCACAAGUCGGGGAUACGGUACGUGUGCAAGCGAUGCAACAUAUCGCUGUCCUCGUUCUACGCGCGGCAGAAGCACCUCGCGGAGGUGCACGACGAGGAGCUGAAGCGGUACAAGUGCAAGGCGUGCACCCAGAGCUACAUCACGCCGGGCCACCUGUCCAGCCACGUGCGCCGCGACCACCUGAACGAGAGGAACCACAAGUGCACCAAGUGCGAGCUGGCGUUCUACACGCGGAACUCGCUGAAGAUGCACAUGAUCAAGCACGACGGCGAGCGGAUCCACGUGUGCAGCAUAUGCAACAAGUCGUACCAGCGGUUGAAGACGCUGCGGGAGCAUAUGCGGAUACACAAUAACGACAAGCGGUUCAUAUGCCCCGUGUGCGGGAGGGCCUUCACGCAGAAGUGCACGCUGAAGGGCCACCUGAAGGUGCACGAGCGAAGUCUGAAUUAGGCUGCUCGCGCGCGGAGCGGUUCUAUUUUUGUGUGUAUGUGUGUGCGUGUACACGGACUGUUGUGAAGUGUGGAUGGUUUAGGAGUACUGUCCAAGAGUUGGGGAAAAUUAUAGAGAAUUUUUAUCGUGGUAUCUCAAAGUGAUAUUAGAUUUUUUUUUUGUUGCUAACAAUACAAGCGUUCGGCCCCGGUUUCACCCGUGGUCACGUGUAUACGCGACAGUGAAAGAAUUUUUGAAAUCGAUCUACUGGUUUCUGAGAUUAGCGCGUUCAAACAAACACACUCUUCUAAUGUUAUAUUGCCCUACUGAUAUUAUAUGUGCUGAUUCAGACCAUAAUCUAUCGAUGGUACCAAAUUUAAUACAGAUACGAUAAGCUGUUUUCGCGUGAAAGUGUAACAUACAUCCAAACAUCCAUCCUACGUACCAGUGGUCGCAGGUUCGAUCUUUAUCAAAAAACGUGAAUCAUGUGUGAUCAUAUUUGAAGUAUAAAAAAUAAUUGUUAAUUUUUCUAAAUAUAUCAAAAAUUGCUCUUCCGUUGUAGUGUUUGACAAAUAAAUUAUCUCUUUAUUAUGUAUUUGACAAAAGUAAAAUAUUUUAUUUAUUCAAAAUAUCUCACAAAUUGCUCAGCCGUUUUGUGUAUAACAAAAAGGCAAAUUUUUUACAUUUUGUAUUAAAAGUUAUGUAUAUUGUUUCGCCGUUCACAACUUUUAACGAACAAACAAACAAACUGUUUACAUAUAGUAUUGUAUAAUGUAUAUAUACA